AUGGUGCCUAUUUCGCGGCCAGACGGCCAUCUCAAUCUCAACUACAUCCCGGUUUCUCAGUCAAUGUCAGGAACAUCGACGGGUAGCAACUCGCCGAAUGAACUGGCUGCGAGUCUAGGCAAAUCUCCGUUCGGUACUACCAAUGGACUGGGAAAUGCUCCGGGAUCGUUAGGUAGUACACGCCUAGGGGCUGGAUCCCCCUCUCACGAACUAGGCGCUCGCCUGUAUUCGAAACGUGCCCGUGAAAUUCAAGCCCAAGAAGGCCUUCCUACAAGCAUUUGGGGUCCGCCGACAAGUGGCCACUCAACCCCUCUUCGCGAGAAUAUUCCCGAAUCUCCAAGUCAGGAUGGCUUCCCGGAUUUGAUACCGUCGGAGCCCACACUGAGCAGCCCAGCCCGCCGCACGAGAGCCGGCACUGUGCCGUCGCGAUUCCCAGCUGUCGGUACCCUGAAUUCCGCAACAUCCCAGCCACCAUCAUUCCUGUCUCAAAGUUCUAGGCCUACGCCAUCUACCAGCCCCUUUCGUCCACCGGGUUUGUCUGGUAUUGAUACAAGCAGCAGGACCGCUACAACUGGUGCUGGAGGCAGCACAUUAUCUCGCUUGCGCGCAGGUUCGAUGCCUCAGCGCACAAACAGCUUCUUGGGGCCAUCUAAUCCGUUUGGCCCGUCUGUUUUCUCAACGAGUUGGGCUUCAGGACGCGAUCGUGCGACAACCUUGACCAGCAUUAGAUCUUCCGAAGGACGGACAUCCCCAACUCAAUCAUCCUUCUCAGGCAAUGGGUUUGCCGAUAGCGACGUGAAGACUCUUGACUACUUGGGAUUGGCCGAGACUCCACAACAUACCUCGCUUACACAUUCUUCUGUUGAAGCAUUACUUCAGCAACAGCAGCAGCAGCAAUCUUCUUUGCCCCCACUGCUUGCCGAACUCGCGAUGAUAAAAAGCAACAAUAGAUUCCGGUCGUACUCGGUCAACGCCAAGGAGAAAUAUGCUGAAGAUGACGAAGAGUACGGCAGUUCCUACCCACAAGUUCCAUCAGGAACAUUGACACCAUCCGCUGCCGCUACUGCUGCUCAACUCGCCGCCACUCAAGCCCAGAUCCAUCAACACAACCUCGCGGUUCAGGCAUUCGCCAACCACGCCUCGGCAAGCCGUCCGCGCGCUCGCACCGCUGGUAUCCUUGAUACACCACCACAACGAUCUUCGAUUCGAAACUAUCUUGCAACACCGUCUCGAUUGGAUAAUAGCAUCAGCGCUGCAGACCUUGGCAUUGCAGAAGGCAGCGAGUACGAUGAACUUUCAGAAGCAGUUCAAUUGAUGCACCUUGGAGGAUCUGGCGGUGCAACUUCGGGCGUCCGUCCUCCGGCCGAGGUCGCGGAGGAGGGCAGCAUUGAAGGCCCUACCAGAGCUUUGUGGAUUGGAAGUAUUCCAGUUUCUACAACGGUCACUUCGUUGGAUGCUAUUUUCAGCAUGUAUGGCAAAAUCGAGUCGACUCGUGUCCUCACACACAAAAAUUGUGGAUUUGUCAAUUUCGAGCGUCUGGAGAGUGCCGUUCAAGCAAAGAACUUACUAAAUGGCAAAGAGAUAUUUCCCGGUGCAGGGCCUGUGAGAAUUGGGUACGCCAAAGUUCCUGGUACCUCUGCAUCUGGCACACCUGGAGCAAAUGGCACACAUCUUUCGCCAACUCCUGACCCCAAUUCUGCUUUGGGAGAGCAUGGAGCUAUGGAUACAUCGAAGCUCGAUCGAGCCGGAACCGUCACUCCGCAGGUUCCGCCGUUGUCAGAGCUGCGCCUCGAAAUGGGCGAAAUCGUAAGGCAAUUUGGAGCAUCCGAUGAUGAUGUACAUGCUAUUAGCGCUAGCGUGCAAAGGGCAAUAUCGUUCCAGUCAUUUGAAGACGAGAUCUCCGCUGUGCCUGAGCCAAGUGCUGCUAGAAUGCAUGACGCACCGAAACUUCGUGACAUUCGAAAGCGAAUUGACAAUGGUCUCUGCUCUGUGCAAGAAAUUGAGGAGACAGCAAACGGAAUGCUGCCGGAAAUUGCAGAGCUCUCGUCGGACUACCUUGGGAACACAGUCGUCCAGAAGCUUUUCGAAUUCUGUUCGGAGCAGACAAAGGAACAGAUGCUGGUGCAAAUAUCCCCCCAUAUGGCUGAAAUCGGCGUCCACAAGAACGGCACAUGGGCAGCCCAGAAAAUCAUCGAUGUCGCAAAAUCGCCUAAUCAAAUGCAAAUUAUUGUAGACAGUUUACGCCCUUACACAGUACCGCUAUUUCUCGACCAGUACGGCAACUACGUUCUACAGUGCUGUUUGCGAUUUGGCAGUCCAUACAAUGACUUUAUUUUUGAGAGCAUGCUUAGCAGGAUGUGGGAAAUUUCUCAAGGACGUUUUGGCGCUCGUGCUAUGCGCGCUUGCUUAGAAAGCCAUCAUGCCACGAAGGACCAACAGCGGAUGCUAGCUGCUGCAAUUGCACUACACAGUGUUCAGCUUGCUACGAAUGCCAAUGGCGCUUUGCUGCUGACUUGGUUCCUCGAUACUUGUACCUUCCCACAUCGCAGGACUGUUCUCGCUCCUCGACUUGUUCCGCACUUAGUCCAUCUAUGCACACAUAAGGUUGCAUAUUUGACUGUUUUGAAAGUCAUCAACCAACGAAAUGAGCCCGAAGCACGAGAGAUCGUACUGAAGGCACUCUUCUUCAGCCCUAACGAUGAGUCGUUGGAAAGAAUUCUCAGCGACCCUAGCUCGGGAGCUACGUUAAUUUUCAAAGUUCUUACCACGCCUUUCUUCGAUGAGUCAAUGCGCGCGGAGGUUGUCAAAAAUAUAUCAAAGGUUCUCACCAAGCUGAAAGCAAGUCCAAGCCAAGGCUACAAGCGACUUAUGGAUGAAGUUGGAUUGUCUUCUCGAGCAAGCUCUCGUGACCAUCAUGGGAGGGAUGCAAGUGCUGGUGGCCAUGGAGUAAAUGGCGACAAACAGCACCGUCCAACAUCAUCACGUCAAGCCAGCUCCAAUUAUCCGAACCAGACGGACAGGCAGUUCGGUACUCAGUACUCAAAUUCCCCGAAUGUCGAUAAUGGACGCCCAGGCGAGCCUACCUAUGACUUUUCUGCCAGUGGUCUCAAUGGCAUGAACGGACCAGCUUUUGGCCAGGACAAUGGGCUAUCCCUGCCACAGCAGCAGUUGCAAUACCAAGCGUAUCUACAAUCGCGUGGAGUGCCCCAAAGUGGGGUUUACCCAGGUGGCAUAGGCGGAAACGUUUACCAGGGCUAUGCUGGGGGCAUGGACAGCAUGAGAGGCCUUCCGGGUGGACCGUCGCAGGUGAAUCCAAAUGCAAUUAUUGGCCAACCGGCAUUCGCACCGCCUCAAUUCAGCCCAGUGUUGAAUUCAGCUCAAAUGUAUCAAUAUUCACCUCAAUACUACCCUCAGGCGCAGGCUAUUCCUAACCAGGGCGCGGCUGGACGUCGUGGACGCCGCUGA